AAACAGCAAGGCAAACAGCAAGGCAAACAGCAGGCUGAAAAAAGAUUUAGCACCAAGCGCAGCUUCUACCCUAUUAUUCAGAAACCAUGUCGAAUCCUCCAGUAUACACCACGUCCAGCGGAUGUCCUGUGUCGGACGCGUUCUCCACACAGAGAAUCUCUGUGCAGAACAAUGACUACAAGUACAGGCCUCCGGUGGGGCCUUUGUUGAUGCAGGACUUCAAGCUGAUCGACUCGCUCGCCCACUUUGACAGAGAGAGAAUCCCAGAAAGAGUGGUGCACGCCAAGGGUGCCGGGGCCUACGGGUACUUCGAGGUGACGGACGACAUCUCGGACCUCUGCUCAGCCAAGUUCUUGGACCAGGUGGGCAAGAAGACGAAGAUCUUCACGCGGUUCUCCACGGUGGGGGGCGAGAAGGGCUCGGCAGACACGGCCAGAGACCCCCGGGGCUUUGCCACGAAGUUCUACACCGAGGAGGGCAACCUCGACUUGGUGUACAACAACACGCCCAUCUUCUUCAUCCGGGACCCCACGAAGUUCCCGCACUUCAUCCACACCCAGAAGCGGGACCCGCAGACCAACUUGAAGGACGCCAACAUGUUCUGGGACUACCUCACGGCCAACCCGGAGUCGCUCCACCAGGUGAUGUACUUGUUCUCGGAGCGAGGCACCCCUGCCUCCUUCAGAACCAUGAACGGCUACUCGGGCCACACGUACAAGUGGUACAACGCCAAGGGCGAGUGGAAGUACGUGCAGGUGCACUUCAUUGCCAGACAGGGCGUGCACAACUUGAACAACGAGCAGGCCGGCAAGCUGGCCGGCGAGAACCCGGACCACAACACCCAGGACCUCUUUGACGCCAUCGAGAAGGGCGACUACCCUGUCUGGGACUGCUACGUCCAGUCGAUGACCUUGCAGGAGUCCAAGAAGCUCCCAUUCUCCGUCUUCGACUUGACCAAGGUCUGGCCCCACAGCGACUUCCCCUUGAGACACUUUGGCCGCUUUGUUCUCAACGAGAACCCAACCAACUACUUUGCCGAGACCGAGCAGGUGGCCUUCUCGCCUUCCAACACCGUUCCAUCCAUGCAGCCUUCCAACGACCCGGUCUUGCAGUCCAGACUCUUCUCCUACCCAGACACCCACAGACACAGACUCGGUGCCAACUUCCACCAGAUCCCAAUCAACUGUCCGCUCAAGUCCGGCUCCUUUGCUCCACAAAUCAGAGACGGCCCUAUGUGUGUCGACGGCAACUUGGGCAGCACUCCGAACUACGCCGGCGCCUACAACUGCCCAGUCCAGUACACAGCCGCCGCCAAGGUUGCCCCAGACGGAGCCGACGAACAGUACCAGGGCGAGGUUGUUCCUUACCACUGGGAGAUCUGCGACUACGACUUUGCCCAGCCAGCCAAGUUCUGGGACGUGUUGGGCAAAACCAACGGCGAACAAGAGGCCCUGGUCCACAACAUUGCCGGCCACGUGCAAGCCGCCAAGCCUUUCAUCCAGGAGAGAGUGUGCGAAUACUUCUCCAAGGCUAAUCCAGCCAUCGGACAAUUGAUCAAGGAGGAACUCAAGAAGUUGAGUAAGUUAUAGUUAGUCUGUCACCACGACAAUGAGGUGACAAGCUUUUUCUUUUUCAUGCCUUUUGGUUUUCUCUCUUCCUUCCCUGCUUCCUCCCUCCUCUGUAUCUUAUCCCUCUCGUAUAUUCUUUUUUUAUUUAUAUCUGUGUUUCCUAAUUUGACGAUCUAUCAUGCACCAGCCCGCUUGACACUGAA